AUGCCUUUGGAUCUUAUCGAUGUUAUAGAGUGCCAAGCGAGGUUACAAAAACUGGCCGAUUUGUGGAAGGAAUUUGACGAUGUUCAGGGCCGUGAGGAUAUCGGUCUGGCUGAGGAUGAUGAACCGAGCGAGGAACAGGCACGAGAAAGAGAGGCAUUUGAGACAACAUACUAUCGUGCAGUGGCUGAAUUGAAGAGGCGAAUUGAUCCAAGGCAGGAACGACACAUUGAUAACGGGAUGCACGCGAGAGCGAAUCAGGAAAUCGUAAGCGAGACACGAGUUGGGAAAAUGAAGCUGCCUACCCUGGAACUGCCGAAAUUUGAUGGAGCUCAGGCGCAGUGGCUAUUAUUUCGAGAUACAUUUCAAACGUUAAUUGAUAGUAAUACAUCAUUAGAAAAAAUACAAAAAUUUCAUUAUCUAAAGUCAUGUUUGCAAGGUAGCGCGGCUGAAGUCGUGCAAUCAUUAGAUGUAUCAACCGAUAAUUAUUCAAUCGCAUGGGUUCUAUUAAGAGAGCGAUUUGAAAAUAAGAAGUUGUUAAUACAUCAGCAUAUUCAUACGCUGUUGGGCAUGGGUUCCAUCAUUAAAGAAUCGCCGGCACAAUUGCGUAGAUUAGUGGACGAAACAAAGAAGCAUUUCCGAGUAUUAAAAUCGUUAGGCGAACCGGUCGAUGACUGGAAUAGCAUCAUCAUUUAUACAGUCAUGUCGCACGUGGAUGUUCAAACCAAACGAAAAUGGGAAUCAGAGACAGUCGAAAAUGAAACACCCACGUUACAAGAACUUUUAGAUUUUUUGUCAUGA